GGCGGAGCAGCCGAGGAUGAUCUCGCGAUACGCGCGGAAGCCGGUGUCCCCCGGCGCUCUGGAGACACAAGGGCUUCCCAGACAUGCCCUGCGGCAUCAUCCACCGCCAGAACCAGAGGCUGACGUGUGCCCGGCUGCUCCUGCGGCUGAAAGCCCCAUCGAGAGCUCAAGGGAGCCUGAAGUCUGGAAGGAAUCAGCUUACCCCUCUGUUACUGCAGCUGAUGAUGGGAGUUCAUGGUCUGCUAGUCAGAGUUAUGCUGAUACCUCCACCGAAGACAGCUCAGUCUUCUCUUGGGGCUAUGAUGAAUUUGAUAAAGCUGCCACACAACAAGUAGAGCAAAUGUUCAGACAAAUUGACGAGCUUCUCUACGAGCAGAAAGAAAAUGUGCACGUUGAGGGUCUGCGGGAAGAAUGCCACCAGUGGACAGCCAACUUUCCUCAUCUCAGGGUUGUGGGGAAGCAGAUAGUGAUCCCCACGGAUGAAGGGUAUGGAUGGUAUUCCAGUUCACCUUCCGGCAGUUUGAGUUCCUCAGAUGUAAGUUCACCACAAGAAAAAGAUUCUAAUGAAUUUAGUGUUUUUGGCAAGAAGGUACCUCUGUCUGUGACUCCUGUUCACAAAAAGCCUGACCGUUCCAAGUCUCCGGCCUUGUGUUCUCCAGAGAGUGAAGAAGGGGACGAUGGAGUCAUUGUCUCAGAAGGCGUAAUGGAGGAAUAUUUAGCAUUUGACCGCAGAGAUGUGGAGGAGGAGUUGCACGAGAGGAAAACAGGGCUGUCCUCUGGUAGAAGGAAGUUGGGGUUUCCUCCUGUCUCUCCACAUUCCUGCAUGAAGGAUUCUGUGCUCACGUUUGUGUUCGAUGAUGUGUGGAGUGAAGUCCUAGGCUGCAUGGAAGAAUUAAUCCGCAGGCACUGGGAAGGGUCAGCCUCUGAUGAUGAGAAAAAUAUCAUAACAGUAGAAACGAUCAGAGCAGACGCCAAAAGCCCUUUGCAGUUUGAUCCUCUGCUCGCGUUGUUGCCUCGUGUGCCACAAACCAAAAUGCCCUCAGUGACGUCCAAUCUGUGCCCCAAAACCAGAUGUGGCCGCAAAAGCAAAAAGAGGAGAAAAACACCUCAAGUGAAUCUCUCUCAAGGGUCAAGUAGCGGCUCUCAACAUAAUCUAAAUGGCUUGAUGGUGAUACAUGGGAUCCAGCUACAGCAAAGGAAUCUGCCUGCAAUGGAGAAAACACUGGACCUGGAUGACAAACGGCCGGGCUCCAGCUCCAUUCUCUCUACCAGAGUGUGGCCAAAUCGUGCUCUAGAGCUCAGUACAUCGUCCCUCUCACGUUCCACGAGGAGGCGAAACCCACCCCCCCGUACCCUGCACCCCAUCGACGUGAGCCUCUCUCGGACUGCGACCCCGGGCUCCGUGGAUGAUGUCUUCAGGGGCAGUCGAUUCCUGACUGCACAGGAGCAGCUGACCUCACCCUCCCCACUGCCACUGAGCCGAAAUAACGUCCUACCACCUAUUGGUAGCACCAGAGUGGCAGAGCACGUGAGCACAGCGGGAUCCCAGAGGCAAACGAAAUCUCGAGGGAACUCAAGUCGAGCUCACAGUGUAACAACGCAGGAAGAUGCCCACCAGCAGCUACAAGAGCGCCUUUCCUUACCUGAUCAUGCCUCCAAGCCUAACACAACCAGCACGUUCUUGCCAGAUCCCCAGCACCGCCGUUCUUACACUGUAAUUGACUACAGUAAUCGCUCCCGGACCAGCAGAGGAUCAGCAGGCUCAGGUCUUCAGCUGCACGGUUCUGUGAAAGCUCACAGUCGAAGUGGAUCAGGCACAAAAGGCAAAGCGGGGUUCUGAGGUGCCAUGAAGAAGUACCCACCCACCUCCAGAGAGCCAUGAACCACCUCUCAGUCUCAGCGACGUCAACCUUGUUUACAGAGAGUUUUCAAACACCCUUCCUUACGAGUAAUUAUUUUUAUAUAAAUCUAAAGAAGCAGCUGCCAAAGAUUAGGCGGGGUAUACUUAAACAUUCCUUUUUCUACCAGUAGAAAAAAGUUAUACUGCAGUGGGAGGGUGAAUAUACACCAGUGGACAGUAAAGCCUAGCUCCUAGAAAAUCUAUAGCAAGUGCUGGCAGUCCUUGCUGUUUCCCCAUCACUGGCUUGUGACUGCUUCAUGUUGUUACAGGCAGGUACUGCAGAACCUGCUGAUUUUUCCAUUAGCUCUACAAAAGAGUAGCAGUUUAAUUUUUUAAAGCUAUAUUUAUAUGUGUAAAGCAAUACUAUGCUAUCAAGAGCACUCGAUACUGCUCAGCUUAGGCAAGUUAUGAAUCCUGUAGUAAUUGCAGCGUAUAUUAAUACAGUUGCGUAAAAAUAAGGCAGCAAAGUAGAUGAACAGAACUAACACCACUGACUCAGCCUGUGUUAUACAGUUAUACCUCUUCCUCAAGUGGCUAAAAAAGGUCCAAGAGGCAAAAAGGAGUCUCUUCCUACAAGUAGUUCCAGCCAGCAUUCAAGGAACUUACAUCGUCUUCCUGGUGAGAGAUAUUGUGAGAGAUUUCACAGAAUAGGUCAGGCUCCCUUCCUAAAAAUACCUACUUUUAGUAGAUGUGUUCUGCACCGUGUGACAGACCUAUGGGAGGUAUUUGCUGCAGUUGCCCUUGUGGCUCCAAAUAAGAUAAACACAUGAAACACAAGCUUCUCAAAACAAAUGAUUACUUGAAGGUCUUACUCCCAAGCAGUAAGCGCUGGAUUACAAGGAAGGGUAAAGACAACAUGAGGAUAAGCACGUAUUGUAUUUAAGCAAAGUUAGGGCACUGCACAAAAAUAGUUGUUUCUUUAUAAUCCAGUUAAAGAGCACUUUUUUCCUGACUUUCCUUAUUAAUAUUUCCCAAAUUACAAUUCAUAAUGGAAAAAACUUGUCAAUAUUCUUUAUGAAGUGUCUCCCUUAUUGCCCCCACUCUAAGGUAUGCAAUCUAUCAAAUGUUAGUGGUACCUACAGAACAGCUAAUAAUUUUUAAUCAAUAUUGAAGUUCUUGAGUCCACUUGAUCCACGCAUGCUCUAAUCAAAAAGAUGGGAAAAGAAAGCAAAGCAGAACCGUGCAAAUGUAACUGGGUUAACUUUCCUUUGCAUCUCUAGAGGGGAAAAAAAAGAGUUCUUGGCUCAGUCUAAACCUCUAAAAUUUGCACAGAGAUAAACUGAUGCUAAAGAGAGGCCUCUAUUCGCUAAAUUCUUUAAGAAGUCCAGCUUCUCUUAAGAGCUAAGACUACUGGAACAUUGCACAGUGUGUCAUUCAUUUAGCUCAAGCUGACUGGAGAUAAGCAUCCCGUGCCAUUCCUCAGGGACCAAGCUAUUUUUCUAAAGCUCUAAUGCAGAAAAGUUACAAAAAUAGACAAAUGAACAGACUUCUAGUAGAUGUAAUGUAGUAUUUUACAGCCCAGAGGAGUCAAUGUGUUAAUAAAGUGAAAGCAGUCUCACCAUUGGGUAAUUUUUGGUUUCUGUACAGAUCGUUGACACGAGAGACUUCUCCUGGGCUGUUAGAGAUCUAUUUUUUGUAGUUAACAUUCAGGUCAUGUGUUAUGCAACAGAAUGAUAUGCUGUACUCUCUGAGUCAGGAUAACUUUUGAAAGCAGCCAAGUAAAAGGGAACAGAGUUAUCAUCUACCUCUGGCUUCCCCCAGGAAGCUUUAUUAAAUUGUCAGGUCCUGAAUGACAUCAGUGCUGCAAUAAGGACCUUCAGCUCAAAAGUGUCACCUUGUAGCUCGUAAGCCUUUGAUAAAUGAUCCACAAAAUAAAGCCAGCCUCAUUCCUUUGAGCUAGAGUAAGUUGAAAACUAGUCACCCUUUGAAAUUCAUACCCUGCACGCUACAUCAAGUUGUUUAAAGACAGCUGAAGCAAAAGCCAGCAAAGUAUUUCUGCAUCAUACAGAAGUAAUUCACUUCUGCGAUAACAGACCUGUUGACAUCCAGUGAAGUAGCUGAUCCCUCCCAUCCUACAGCAGAUUUGACUGGGACGCUGUGGAAAUAACACACAGUACGUUUCUAAGCUUUGGAACCCCUCGUUAAGGGACAUCACGAAUCCCAGGAAUACACAGAACUGCCCCUGUUCCGUGGAUGUUUCAGUUUAGUACCUCACCUCAGCAUGUUAGAGAAUUUCUGUAUGGUCAGUUAUCUGCUGCAGUCUUGUUUUCUUCCCAAGGCAUCUGCCAGGGGCAAUCCAAGACCAAAUGCCAGGUGGUCCUUUCACCUAACAGCAUCACCAGCACCAACGCCUCA